AUGGUCCCUCCUGUAGGUCUCAUAAUUGCUGCCACCAUCGUGGUGGCAGCCGGCAUCGCAGCAUAUGAGAACCCAGAGGUUCGAGCAUGGAUCGAUCGGACAAGGCACAAGAUCGCAAUGGGCCUUCACAACCUUGGGGAUGAAAUUGGCCCCAAGAGCCCACCUCAACCACACCGUCCUUCAAACGAUGCCUCUAUGCACGAAGAGCAAGGAGAAUCCGCAGAGCUUCGAAGAAAAGCUGCCAUAGCCGAAAUCAUGGAACGAGGACGUAUCAUGGAGGAGAGGCGCAAGAGAAGGAAAUUGUCUGGCCAGAAAUCAAGAACGCCCUCCUUUGAUACUCUUGUGGAUGACACCGGUAUCCUUCUCAAAGACACCGAGCCCACGGAAUCGAAUACACAGGCCCAAACAUCGGCCGUUGAGCCGCUUGCGCAGCCUGAUGUCUUACGACAACGUGGAAGGCAUUCCGACCUUCAUGAGGGACCCUCCACGACCCAAGAACCAGUAGAGGAUUCUCCACCUAUCAGUCGUUCACCUCUUAGUCCCUUCGAGCAGCCAGAUUCUACUGCUUUCGAGUCGCGAUACGAACGGGAAAUGCGCGAGGCGUGGAACAUCCCACUAUCAGACAGGCGCAUUGAGCUUCCUAGGAGUCAUCCAUCUGAAAGUCUGGUUGAAUUGACGCCCACCACUGAAGACGCUCCUGAUCCGGACUACUCAGUGCCGACGGCUGAGUAUCUUCAUCAACGCUCCGCCCAGCCGCAAUAUUUCUCUGCAUCGGCCUGCACUUCUACCCACACAUUCUCCGAUCACGAAUCGCAACAUGAAGCUUUUACAGAGAGUCGACGCAUGAGUCGUCCACCAUCAAUGAUGGAUCCGGGAUUUCUAAAUCUCCCAAACACUCCGUCUCGCGCCCCCACUGCUGACGGAAGCAUGAGCAGCAUCCACGCAAGUGAGGCUGAUGACAGUGCUGAUGAUAUACUCAGUGAGAUAGGUGAUGGCAUUCGUACUCCUGCGAGCGUCUGGACUGAAGUAGGGUCGACUGUGAGUGGAGAUGGAUUUUAG